GAGUCGCGUGCUGGACGCUUGGGGACGAUGAGACGUGAAACUCUGUGGAAACUUCUGCUCUGUGUUGCGUUUUCACUGCCCAACGCAGUGCGCGUUCAAACAGUGCUUCCUCCAGAGUGUGCGCCAGGAGGCCACUCGCUCCUCCAGAACCCCUACCGUAGCGCCACCUUCAGCUCCAGCUGGCUGCAGCAGUCGGCCCUGCAGGACUUCAUCUGUGACCACUCCCUCACACCGGGCUGGUACCAGUUUCAGAUUUUUGACAAGCCAGCCAGUAUGCCCACCCAGUGUGUGGAGGUGAACCACUGUGGGACUCAGGCUCCAGUGUGGCUGUCUCUGGGUGAGGGUGAGUCCCUGCCGGGGCCUCUGGAGGUCAGGCAGUUCACGGCCUGCGCUGCCUGGCAGUUCUUCUCGAGCAGCAGCAAAGACUGCUGCAUGUUUCGCAUCCCGGUCACCGUCCGAAACUGUGGAGAUUUCUAUGUUUACCUGCUCCAGCCCACGCAGGGAUGUAUGGGCUACUGUGCACAGGAGAUGUCAGACUCGUUACCUGCGUUGUCGCCGAUCUGCGGCCCUGGCGAGGUGAACGUCGGGGGAACCUGUAAAACUAACCAGCCCCCCGCUCCAUCAGUCCCAGUGAUCGUCUCAGAGGUAACCGGUAACACCAUCUAUCUACAGUGCAACUUUGAGAGCAGAUCGAACAGCUCCCUGGGUUAUGUGGUGGCCUGGUCUCGCCUCUCACCUGAGGGCAGGAAGGAGGAGCUCAAACAGGAGACCACCAUCCAGACCUCUGCCUUUAUCGAGCUCGAUGGCUUCAACCUCCGAUUAGGAGACAAGAUUUACUGCUCCAGCUCCAGUUUCUUUUUGGACUCUCCCAGUGUCCGGGGAACUGUGGUGGAAAGUCAGGAGUUCUUUGCUGGGAUCAGGUUGAGGCCAGAGGUGAGCAGCGUAUCUGAGGACGGCAGACUGUAUGAGCUGCUGCUCGAGAGCACGGUUCCUGUUCUGUGUCCAGAAGGGUCUCCGUCUCCUGCAGAGCGGUGCGCUUUGACCCUGCAGCUCCGCACAAGCAGCGAAGAGGACGGUUUGCCGGGUGCCGAUCUGUCCCUGUCCUCCUGUGUCGUGGAUCUGUCCCGGGGUCCCUGUAGGGAGGGGAUCUGUAGCCGGGCUAUUAUCCACUUCAGUCCUGUAACUGACUUUGUUAAAGAUGGCAACAGGACGACUCAGAUCUCAGUUAAACCCAUCGUCACACAAAACUUUCUCUGGAAUGGAUACUCGCCAGAACCUGUCCAGGUAACAGUUAAGGAUGUUACCCCAGCCUACUGCUACUCCUUCACUGAUCCUCACAUCAUCACAUUUGAUGGCAGGUACUACAACAACUACCAGAUAGGCACCUUUGUUCUGUAUAAGAGCCGCUUUUGGCCCUUUGAGGUCCACGUCCGCCAGUGGGAGUGCGGCAGCAUCGUGCAUGCCGCCUCGUGUGUGUGCGGCUUUGUGGCGAGGGACGGGGGAAAUGUGAUUGCUUUUGACAUGUGCGAUGGGGAACUGGGUGAAACCGAGCCUCAGCUGUCUGUGAAGAACAGAGACUUCAGUAAGAGGGGCAUCCGGAUCACAGAGUCCUACCAGGGACGCAAAGUCACUAUGACCUUCUCUUCUGGAGCGUUUGUUCGUGCCGAUGUGUCUGACUGGGGGAUGAGUCUGACGCUGCGAGCCCCCAUUUCAGACUGGAGUCACACCGAGGGUCUGUGUGGGACCUACGAUGGACAGCCAGACAAUGACUUCCGCUCAGCAGGGGGUGCCAGCCUGGAAGAUCUGCACGCUUUUAUCGCUGAAUGGAGGUUACCUCCAGGCAGCAGCCUGUUUGACACCAUGCCAUCCCAUAUUAAUACACCGAAUUCUCACAAGUUCUGUACCUGCCAGGAAGAGAUGCCCCACUUCUCAUCUCCCCGGGCACAGUCUAAACCAGCUGCUUCCAACUCCAGCUGCUCUAAUCAGGGCAAUGUGCGUUUCCCCAGUGUCAUCCCAACUCUGGACGUCACAGCUGAGUACAUCACCUCUGUGGAACUACUCAGUGAAAAUGAAAGGGAGCCACUGCCUCCAGAUCAUUUCAGCCAAAACAUCCACAUUCAGCUACGUGAAAGAGGCUCGAGAGCCUCAAGAGGCAGAGUUUCAACCUCAGAUCAUCGCCGACAGCUCAGAGGCAGGCGCAGUGCCCAACGUUUCAUUUCUAACUCCCCGCAUCAAAGUCUCAGCCAGUCUGAUCUGGAGGGCUUUACCUACUUUUUCCCAGAAGACCACGAACCAGCAGUUCAGCCAGAUUCUUCCCUAACGUGGCCCACACCCUCUGGCCUCAGUGAGCAGCAGGCCCAGGCUCGGUGCUGGCAGACUGUGGCAAACUCAAGCAUAGCGGUCGGUUGCAGGAACCUGCUGAAAGAGAUAAUAGUCAACCGUGCUGUUAACAUGUGCGUUACUGACCUACAGCUGAAGGAUGAUGAGUCAUGGCUGAACGCGACGGUACCGCUGCUGGAAAACGAGUGUGAGAGGAGACUGCUGGAGGAGGGGGAGGGAGAAGAGGAGUACCAGGAUGCUGCGGCCAUCCUGAAGUGUCCAAAUCUGUGCAACGGGAAUGGCCAGUGUUCAGAGUGGGGCUGUGUGUGCUUCCCAGGAUUUGGCUCAUAUGACUGCAGUGUGCUGUCUGACCAGAUCCCUGAGAUCACUAAGCUGGAGGAAGACGGUCUGUGUGACGUCCAUCAGAGAAACUGCACCACCAUCCAGAUCCAAGGCCGAGGCUUCAAGGACUCCUACGAGCUCAAGUGUGAGUUUGUUAAAGAAAAGUUUGUGGAUGGGGAGUGGGUUCUGGAUGAGCCUCACUCUGUGCCGGCCACCUUUCUGAAUGACACUGCUUUGGAGUGCCAGCUCCCCCCGGAGGACAGCCGGGUUUCUGCAGGCGUGGAUUUGGAAGCGCUGACCAACAGUCCUCUGGCUCGCUGGCAGAUCAAAGUUUCCAAAGAUGGUUACAGCUACAGCAACGCAAAGAUACUGACUCUUUACGACGGAGCCUGCCAGACGUGCACCCUCAGCACUGAAGUCCUCUGUACCCUGAGGGAGAAAACCUGCAAUAUUGAUGGCCUGUGUUACCGUGAGGGGGAGUCCCUCCCCAGCAGCCCUUGCCUCACAUGCCGUCCAGACUCGUCCAAACACACCUGGUCCAUAGCGGAGAACAACGAGCCUCCGCUGCUCCAGUCGCUGCCCUUUCCUCUGCAGUCCUUCCAGGGGGAACAUUUCAUCUUCCAGCUAAAUGCUCGAGACCCCGAGGGCUCCACAGUUCUCUUCACCCUGGUAUCAGGCCCUGAAGGGGCCUCUCUGUCUCCAGCUGGUCUGCUGAUGUGGAAGGCCGAAUCCACCGGCAGACACACUUUCCAGUUCGCUGUGACCGACGACUGUAACACGGAGACCAGAGCUUCUGUAGAGGUGUAUGUGCGCUCCUGCGAAUGUCGGAACGGCGCUCCGUGUGUCGCCAAUGUCAACCUGCCUGCCGGCAGCGGGGCAUAUGUGUGUGUGUGUCCUGAUGGAUUUACAGGGGAGAGGUGCGAGGUGGACGUUGAUGACUGUAAACCGAACCCCUGCAGACUGGGUCACUGUAUCGAUGGACUCAACUCCUUCUCCUGUAUAUGCCCACCUGGAAUGACAGGCCGUACAUGCAGAGAAGAUAUAGACGAGUGUGUCUUCCAACCUUGUUUCCCUGGAGUGAGCUGUAACAACACAAUGGGCUCUUUUAUUUGUGGAUUAUGCCCACAAGCAUACGGUGGUGAUGGGAAAAAUUGCAAACGUGGUGGAGAUUCUCCGGUUAAAACAGUGGAGGCACCGGGAAGGGUACCGCAGGUUUCAUCGAGGCCCAGACUGUUGGGGGUGUCACCGUGCACCAGAGGGCCGUGUUACCCGGGGGUGCAGUGCUUCGAGAGCAUCCAUGUUUCAGCAGGUUUCGUCUGUGGACCCUGCCCUCCCGGUGUGCAUGGAAAUGGCCAGACGUGCACGUCAGCAGCUCAGGGGACACUCACCAGUGGAGCAGACAGUUAUUUUCACAUCACCAGGUCAAAUUCCACUUCCACCUCUUCCUCCUCAAACAGACGACCUCCUGACAGGAGGACAAGACCAGAAGCAACAAAUAUCAGGAGACUCUCUCCCUCUGACAGAAAAACCACUGCAACACAACAGGAUCCAACCACAGUUGGAGCUUUUGCUCCGCCCAGCGGGGUGGAGCUGACCCCCAACCUCUCCACAGGGAUCCAUUGGGGGUCAGCAGCUCCCCGUGUGACCUGUGCUGACUCUCCCUGCUUCCCCGGUGUCUCCUGUGAGCCCACCGUCUCCGGGUCCUUCAGGUGUGACAGCUGCCCGUACGGUUACACUGGGGAUGGAGUCGCAUGUAAAGCUGUAUGCAGGUAUCCAUGUGGGAGAAAUAUGGAGUGCACUCUCCCCAACACCUGCACCUGCAAAGAGGGUUACACAGGAUACAGCUGCCACACAGCUGUUUGUCGGCCUGACUGUAAAAACCGGGGGAAGUGUGUGAAACCAAAUGAGUGCGAAUGCCCUGCAGGCUACGGAGGCCCUGCCUGUGAGAAAGCGAGCUGCGAGCCGCCCUGUCAGCAUGGAGGAACCUGCCUGGCCAGAAACCUGUGUACCUGCUCCUACGGCUACGUGGGGCCAAGAUGUGAAAUCAUGGUGUGUAACAGGCACUGUGAAAACGGAGGCGUGUGUGUUUCUCCUGAUGUCUGCAAAUGCAAACCUGGCUGGUAUGGACCAACGUGCAACUCAGCUCUCUGUAAACCCAUCUGUCUAAAUGGAGGAACCUGCGUUAAGCCUAACGUAUGUGCCUGUCCCAGUGGUUUCUAUGGCUCCCAGUGUCAAAUUGCUGUUUGCAAUCCUCCUUGCAAGAACGGAGGCCAGUGUAUGAGAAACAACGUGUGCUCCUGCCCUGAAGGCUACACAGGAAAAAGGUGUCAGAAGAGCGUGUGUGAGCCGAUGUGCAUGAACAGAGGCAAGUGUGUGGGACCCAACACUUGCUCCUGCGCUUCUGGGUGGAGGGGGAAGAGGUGUAACAUACCCGUGUGCCUGCAGAAGUGUAGAAAUGGUGGUGAGUGUGUGGGACCAAACACCUGCCACUGUCCCAUUGGCUGGGAAGGCCUUCAGUGUCAAACAGCGGUGUGCAAACAGCGGUGCCUGAACGGAGGGAGGUGUGUGCUGCCCGACUACUGCCACUGUCAGAGAGGCUACAAGGGCUUGACUUGUGCAAUAAAGGCAUCACAAGCAUGAUGACGAAGGAACGGGAACAACGACUGAAGAAAUCACAAAAGGCACAAAGAACAAAGAGCACCA